AUGCCGACCGAGAACGUAGAACCCAAGGUACUAAUGCUUUUCCUUCCACCCAUUGCACACAAAUUAUUUCGGUCUUAUAAAGAAAUUUAUUGUAAAAUAUCUGUGAUCUGCAAAUGUACCGAAUGUGAGGACUGCAUCAAACGAGACACUGGUGAGGCUCAAUGGGCAUCUGGUACCCGAGACGAUAGAGAUGGAAUGGGCGCAUAUGUGUCGCGGCUCAAUAAACCAAAGAGACCUCUUCUUGUGGUGAACGAAAGCAUGCCCUCAGUCGCUGCAAAGAAAGGUGAUCCGGUCUGGGUCACACACGCGGCAGAAGGUUUCACAGAAGCACUUGUCAACCAUUCCGCAACCGAUAUAAACGGUACCUCGGUGAAACAAGAAGUUCCUGUCAAAGUUAAUUCUCAAGUGUUGGACAAGAGCUCCAUUUUUCAUGGUUGUUCCAUUGUGCCUCAACCAGUCAUACGAAAAAAGUGUAUAGUCUGUUCCGGAUCUCUACACGAUUCGGACGCAAUUCAACCACUGGCCAAUUUUCAUGAGCGUUGCUUUCACUGCAAUCGUUGCCAACGACAAUUGUCCAUUGGUGAUGAUUCGUGGCUUGGCGGUCGACCGUACUGCGAACGACACUUUGAGUCUGCUCUGAAAGCAGCUCAAAAUACCCUGCAUGUUAAAACGAGCUCGAAAGGAAAUUCGGCUACCCGUGAGCGAACCAUUCCAAUCCAGUUGGCUGAAACGAAAUGGGAUGACAACACGCUGACCAUUGAUGAUACAGGCAUUUCGCCUGCUAGGCCGAUCGGUAUAGUGAAGGUUUCCACCGGUCCAGCUUUUGUACAGGAACAAUACCACGAAUCAACACGGGACAGUUCCAGCAGUUCAUUACAAGACGUCACCACACAUCCGCUUCUUCAAUUAGAGUUCAAUGCAUGGGAUGAAUGGUUGGAACUGAUUUGGAGCCGUGAAACUACCCCAUCCAAGUUGCAUCUAAACGUACUUGGUGGAAGUCAUGAUGAUUACAGUUUAUAA